AUGGGGUCAGAAGACCUGGCCUUGAGGCUGACACUUGGUGACAACCCCAGAGCUGGCCCCUCUGGUGGAGACCACAAACAUGGAGGCGUGGAGCACAGAGAGUACCUGAAUCUUGGCAAAGGAAAGGACAAAGACGGGGGAGGGAGGAGGCCACCACCAGGGGAGCUGGGAGUUGUUCAGUCACCUGGGGAGACAGGCGAGCAGAGCACCAUCUGGUUCCCAUCAGAGCGUCAAGAGCCCCUGAGAGCAGGUCACCUAGUGGCCACAGAGCAGGAUUGGAAACUGCCCAGCCAGUCAGUUCUUCAGGAACAGGAGCUCAGGAAAGAUCACUCACAAACACCUACUGCACAAUUUCCCUUUAAAUUCAGGACCAAUCUUGCAGCAUCAGUACCAGGGGCAGGCCUUGGAGGUGGCAACAGUAGUUGCAGCAGCAGCAGCAGCAGCAGCAGCAUCUUUAGGAGCUCUCAGGACAAAGACAAGUCUCUCCUGAUCCUUGGCCUUGUUGGCAGUAGCAGCCACCAGGCCUGUCCCCUGGGUCAGUUCCCUUGUGGCAACACCACCAUCUGCCUUCCUCAACUCCUUCACUGCAAUGGCCAUCAAGACUGUGCCAAUGGGGCUGAUGAAGAAAAUUGCGUGGACAGCAGUGGGUGGCCACACCUCUUGGACCUGCUUCAGAGAACAAAGGGAGGCCGAAUGAGGGCUGAAGAGAGACUACAGGACUGUAGAUUGGACUUCUACCCCAAGGGAUGCACGUGCUGGGGGCAGACAGUUGACUGCAUGGCUCAGGGGCUAAGUGGGGUGCCAAUGGCCUCUGAAAAGAACAAUGUGUCUCUUCUGAACCUCCAGCAUAAUCAAAUCCACCAGCUACAGGACAAGCAGUUCAUCAAUUUCCAGAGCCUGGAGGGGCUCUUCCUCCAGAACAACCAGCUCCACUCCAUAGCCCCCGGGGCAUUUACCGGCUUAGCAGAGCUAAGAAAGCUAUUCCUGAGUCACAAUCGGAUCCACUCACUUGCUCCAAGACUCUUCCAGGACCUCUACCAGCUGGAAUGGCUGAUGCUGGACAACAACCAGAUCAGCGAGUUGCCACCUGAUGCCUUCUUGGGCCUGAAGUCUCUGUACUUCCUUGACCUGUCCGACAACCUCCUGACAGAGAUGCCUCCAGCGCUAUACCAGGGCCUCCAGGACCUCCAGAUGCUGAACAUCUCAGCCAAUCCCCUGAAGCAGAUCCCUGUGGACCACUUCGACGGCCUUCCCCAUCUGCACUCAUUGAGCAUGGAGGGCAUGGAGAUCCCCAACAUUCAGAACCGAAUGUUCCAGAAACUAGCCAACCUGUCCCACAUCUACUUCGACCACUUUCAGUACUGCAGCUACGCCCCCCAUGUGCGCAGCUGUCAGCCCAACACAGAUGGCAUCUCCUCCUUGGAGAACCUCUUGGCCAAUCUGCUCCUUCGAGUCUUCGUCUGGGUCAUCGCCUGUGCCACUUGCCUGGGCAAUCUCUUCGUGGUGUGCAUGCGCUCCCUCAUCGUGCCUGAGAACUUCCAGCACGCCAUGGCUAUCAAGUGUCUGUGCUGUGCCGACUUCCUCAUGGGCAUUUACCUGUUCUUUAUUGGUGCCUCUGACCUGCGCUAUGCAGGCGAGUACAACAAGCAUGCCCAGGCCUGGAUGGCCAGCUCCCAGUGCCAGGCCGUGGGCUGCCUUGCCAUGCUGUCCUCUGAGGUCUCCGUGCUGCUCCUCACCUACAUGACGCUAGAGAAGUACGUGGGCAUCGUCUUCCCCUUUAGCCACUACCGGGCCGGCCGCCGGCAGACCCUGGCCACUCUAGUGGCCAUCUGGCUAGUGGGCUUCACCAUCGCUGUGGUCCCCUUCUGGAGCCGAGGCCCCUUUGGCAACUACUACGGCAGCAAUGGCGUCUGCUUCCCUCUCCACUUUGAUGCUCCUGAGAGUGCCAUGGCCCAGCACUACUCUACUGCCAUCUUCCUAGGGGUCAACCUGAUUGCCUUCAUCACCAUGGUCGCAGCCUACAGCAGCAUGUUCCACUCCGUCCGUGUCUCCCGUGCCCGCUCAGCAGAGCCUGGCACCUUUUCUCGGGAGGUCUCUAUUGCCAAGCGCUUCUUCUUCAUUGUCUUCACCGAUGCCCUCUGCUGGCUUCCCAUCUUCCUCCUAAAGCUGCUGUCCCUGCUACAGCUGGAAAUCCCAGGCACAGUCACAUCCUGGGUGGUCAUCUUCAUUCUGCCCAUCAACAGUGCCCUGAAUCCCGUCCUCUACACCAUCACCACAUCACCCUUCCAAGAGAGACUGAAGCAGUGUCUGCAACGAGAGACUCACUCUCUCCCCUCCUCCCAAUCCACAGGGCCAAGCUUCACCCUGGUGCCACUCCAAGCCACUAGUGCCAGAGACCUGUUGGACCAGGGGGGCCAGCGCGCUGGCAGGACUGUGUUUGAGUCCCAGGACUGA